AUGACGAAACGAGGCAGGCCUUUCAAAAGCCAACCAACCCAGACUGCCGCAGCGAAGCAGCCAAGGUUGGAUAUUGACGAAGCAGUGGAUGAUGUUCUUCCACUUGCAAUUGCGCAAAAAUUCAGGGAGAUAUUGGUUGUACAUCAAAUGGCCGAGGCUUAUACCUCUCAUGAAGAUGCAGAGAAGAGGAAGCCGACGGCUGCGGUUGCUGCCUUAGCCACCAUGGCGCAUUCGAGCUCCUACGGUAUGGGGCAGGGGUUGGUGGCGGAUUCGAUGGAACACCUAGACCAAGAAAUGAUGAUGGAUGAUCCUAUCAGGCGCCACUUAGGUUCGGCCGGAUACAUCAGCUAUGGCGCCCUUGCACGUAACAAGGUCCCCUGCGAUAAGAGAGGGCAAUCCUACUACAAUUGCAAAGAGCACGAGGCCGCCAACCCCUACAGCCGCGGUUGCACUAGGGUUACAAGCUGCGCUAGAAGUACCGUUUGA